AUGACAUUUUUACCAGUUGGUGCAUCUCUAUUUGCUAGCAAUAUUGGUAGUGUACAUUUUAUUGGUCUUGCAGGUAGUGGAGCAAGUAAUGGAAUUGGUAUAGCUGGUUUUGAAUUAAGUGCUAUUUACGUAUUAAUGAUUCUCGGUUGGAUAUUUUUACCUGUUUAUAUCAAAGUUGAUGUUUAUACAAUGCCAGAAUUUAUAAAGAAAAGAUUUGGUGGUGAUCGAAUACGUUUUUAUCUUACGAUUCUUGCUUUGGCACUUUCUAUAUUUACAAAAAUAUCCGUUGAUCUUUAUUCUGGUGCUAUAUUUCUCAAUCAAGCACUUGGUUGGAAUAUGUAUGUAUCAAUUAUAGCUCUUAUUUUUGUUGCUGCUAUAUUUACUAUUGGUGGUGAGUUAAAUAAUAAUAAAAGAGGAUUAUCAGCUGUAAUUUGGACAGAUUUUAUUCAAACAAUUAUUAUGAUUAUUUCUGCUUUUAUUCUUAUGAUUAUAUGUUGUGUUAAAGUUGGUGGCAUACAAUUAAUUAAAGAACUUUAUCCAUAUGCUGUUGCUGAUACAACCUUGUUUUCUAAUAUUACUUGUGGCAUUCCACCAAAUGAUUAUUUUAGUCUUAUUCGACCACUUAAUUCAGUCGAUGGUCCACCAUGGGUAGGAAUUAUUGGUAUGUUCACUUUAAGUAUUUGGUAUUUUUGUAGUGAUCAAGUUCUUGUUCAACGAGCACUUGCUGCUAAAAAUUUAACCCAUGCUCAAGCCGGUUGUAUAGUUGCUGGUUAUUUAAAAUUUCUACCUCUUUUUCUUAUGAUUGUUCCUGGUAUGGUUGCACGAAUACUUUAUCCAGAUUUAAUUGGUUGUUCAACUCCAGAUUCAUGUCAAGAAAUAUGUGGAAAUCAAGCAUCAUGUACUGAUAUUGCUUAUCCAUUAAUUGUUAUUAGAUUAAUGCCAAAUGGUUUACGUGGUCUUACGCUUGCUUGUAUGAUUGCAGCAUUAAUGUCAUCAUUAACAUCAAUAUUUAAUUCUUCAUCAACCAUAUUUACUAUUGAUAUUUGGCAACGUUUUCGUUCAAAAGCCCCACAAUGGGAAUUACUGAUUGUUGGAAGAAUUUUUACAUUAAUUCUUGUGGGUAUAUCAAUUCUUUGGAUACCAAUUAUAUCAGCAGCGCAGGGUGGGAAAUUAUUCGAUUAUAUUCAAGCCGUAAUAAGUUUUCUUGCACCACCAAUUUCUGCAAUUUAUCUUUUAGGAAUUUUAUGGAAAAGAAUUAAUGAAGAAGGUGCAUUUUGGGCUUUAAUAUGUGGUUUAGUUAUUGGCUUAAUACGUUUCAUAUGGGAGUUUUCAUAUUCAGUACCACCAUGUCUACUAUCGGCAACAGACCAACGUCCAGAAGCAAUCAAAUUUCAUUAUCUGUUUUUUGCUAUUUUACUUUUUGUUUUAACUUGUUUGGUUGCAAUAACUAUUAGUCUUCUUAGUCGACCAAUACCUGAACAAUGUUUACAUGGUUUGACUUUAUUUGAUUUGGAUAACCCACAUAAGCCAACACCAAUACCAACAAAACCCGGUCGAUGGUAUAAAGCAGAUACAGCAUUUGAAGAAAAACAUAUUCGACCAAGAUCACCUGUUCAUCCGGUAUCACGUGCUCAGUCCGCUGCUGAUUUACGAAGAAACAGUCUUCUUUAUCCAGAUUCAUCAAAUAAAAAUUGUACAUAUUAUAUAAAAGUUGUUCUCACAUGGAUAUGUGGUAUUGAACAUCAAGGUGAAGAUGAUAAUAAAGCAGCAACCAUGCCAGCAAUGCCAUCAUUAGCACCAGACAAGUCAUUUUGGAAACACAUAUGCUAUGUAAAUGGUGUUGUUCUUUUAGCUUUUUGCACCUUUCUUUGGGCUUUCUUUACUGAUUAUCGUAUUGAUAAAAUGCAUAAAAGUGCUUGA